UUGCUGUUUGAUUUUCCAUAGAUCCCACGCGUAUCGCUGUUGCUGCUGCUAGGACGCCAACGUGAACACAAUAAUACUUGGAAAAAUGAGCGUCGACUGCGUUUACACCAGUGCAGUGACGUUGUUGCUGUGUUGUUCGGCCGUGUUGGGCCGACCGUCAUCUAAUGGUGGAGCGGACGGUGGCGGCGGUGGAGGGGGUGGAGGUGGUGCCGGAGCCGGUGGUGGCGGUGGAGGCGCCGCCGGUGGUGGAGGCGGGUCGGUGGUGGAGGACACCGACGAGAGCCCGGUGGUGGUGACCAGCACCGGCUUGGUUCAGGGGUACACGAAAAUCAUUGCGAACCGCGAGGUGCGGGUGUACACGGGCAUACCGUUCGCCAAGCCGCCGGUGGGCCCACUCAGGUUCCGUCGCCCGGUACCCAUCGAUCCGUGGACGGGCGUGCUGAACGCCACCAGACUGCCGAACACGUGUUACCAGGAGCGGUACGAGUACUUUCCCGGGUUCGUUGGUGAGGAGAUGUGGAACCCGAACACCAAGCUCUCCGAGGACUGUCUGUACCUGAACGUCUGGAUACCGAAGAAGCAACGCACCAGGCACCAUUCGAACAACGCACAUCACGCCAAGGUGAGUGUGCACCUGAUUUCACCGGAGACAAGGGGAAUGGUGAAACGUGGGAUYAUACAGUCUGGCACCGUGAAUGCACCCUGGAGCUACAUGACUGGUGAACGGGCAGUAGACAUAGCAAAGAAGUUGUUGGACGAUUGCAAUUGUAAUUCGACGUCUUUGGAGAGCAACCCGAUCGGUACCAUGUCGUGCAUGCGAUCUGUCGACGCAAGUACCAUAUCCAAAAAGCAGUGGAACAGCUAUUCCGGUAUUUUGGGUUUCCCGUCUGCGCCCACCGUGGACGGUAUUCUCCURCCGGAAGACCCGCUGGAUAUGUUGGCUAAGGCGAACUUUUCGGACAUCGACAUACUCAUUGGAAGCAAUCUAAAUGAAGGAACGUAUUUUUUGCUGUACGAUUUUGUCGAUUUCUUCGACCGGACGUCGGCUACCGCAUUGCCCAGAGAAAAAUUUGUGCAAAUAGUCAACGUAAUAUUUAAAGACAGAACACAACUGGAAAGAGACGCAAUUAUAUAUCAGUGCUGUAAAGAUCUUCAGCUAGCACUUUCUUCAAAUGACGGUUUAAAUUCUGAUAUAAAUUCUGUUGAACUUUGUGAAGAAAUAAAYACAUUACAAAAACAUUUGAAAAAUGAAAAUGAUCCAAAAGCAAAUUUUACAAUUUAUAUGUGA